AUGGGGCCGGACACGUCCGCCGCGGACGUUGACGGCGAGCGGGGCCGCGCAGCCCCCCCGGCGCGGUCGUGGCUCUCUGCCCUGAACCCUGUGCCGACGCUCGGCGAGUGGGCGCACCGCGCCCGCGCGUUCCCGAAGGAGCUGACGUGGAUGGAGGUCUCCGGAUCGCUCGGGGACCUCGGAACCUUCCUCCCCCUCCUGAUUGGGCUGGUGCAAAAAAACGGACUGGACCUGGGCACCACGCUGGUGGCCACGGGCGUCUACAACGUCGUCUCAGGGCUGCACUUCGGCAUCCCCGUCCCCGUCCAGCCCAUGAAGUCCAUCGCCGCCGUCGCUCUCUCCGAAACGCCCCUCUCGGUGCCCCAGAUCGCCGUCGCGGGCAUCGCGGUGAGCGGCGUCGUCACCAUCCUCGGCCUCACGCGCGUCAUCGACCACUUCAACCGCAUCUUCCCGCUCGAGGUGAUCCGCGGCAUCCAGCUCGGGCUCGGCCUCAAGCUCGCCAUCCAGGGCCUCAGCAUGGCGCUCUACCGCGACGCCAAGGAGCCCAACGGCCUCCUGCCCUUCCUCGACAACGACGGCCUCGCCGUCUCCAUCGUGACGUUCUUCGCGUUCCUGCUCAUCAACAACAUGUCGCCGCCGAACGCGACGCCGCGGCUCGCGGCCCCCGCGCCGGCGCGCCCCCGCGACCUGGAGGCCGGGUCCGCGGACACCAAGACCAACUCGGCGGGCCCCAGCAGCGGCCCGAGCGACAGCACGCUGCCGCGGCCGCCGUGCCGCUGCGGCAUCGCGUGCUGCGGACACCCGGGCGAGUGCCCCUGCCCGCCCGGGUGCGGGUGCUGCUCCGUGAACCCCUCGCGGCGCGGCAGCGUCUCCGAGGCCGCGGCGGCGCCUGUCAAGCCGGAACCCGCUGCGGACGCGGUCGCGGCGGGCUCCGCGGUGUCGCGGUGGACCGCGCUGCUGUCGGUGCGCGUGCCGGCCGCGCUCGUCGCGGUGGUCGUCGGCCUGAUCAUGGGCGUGGCGGUGCGCCCGAGCGUCGUCACUGACCUGCGGCCGGGCCCGUCGAAGCCGACGCUGAUCCUCCCGGGGCUCUCGUGGGCGGACACGCGCGACGCCCUGGUGCGCGCCGCGCUCCCGCAGCUCCCGCUGACCACGCUCAACUCCGUCGUCAGCGUCUGCCAGCUCUCCGGGGAUCUCUUCCCCCACAACCCCGCCAAGCCCGCGGCGAUGGCGACGUCGGUCGGGCUCAUGAACCUCGUCGGCGGGUGGUUCGGCGCCAUGCCGUGCUGCCACGGCGCGGGCGGCCUCGCCGCGCAGGCGCGCUUCGGGGCGCGCACCGGCGCCGCGCCCGUCUUCCUGGGGCUCGUGAAGCUGGUCCUGGGGCUGCUGCUCGGGUCCUCGCUGAUCGGGUGGCUCGAGGUGUUCCCGCAGACGAUCCUCGGGGUCAUGCUCGUGUACUCCGGGCUCGAGCUGGCGUCGGUGGCCAAGGCCCAGAAGGGGGCCAAGGGUACGUGGGUGAUGCUGUUCACGGCGGCGGCGGCGACGGCGUGCAAGAACACGUUCGCGGGGUUCGUGUGCGGCAUGAUCGUCGCGCUCGCGCUGGUGUUCCAGCAGGAGGGCUGGCGCGCGCUGGCGCUCUGGGUGGUGGGCAGGGCGCCGUUGCGCGUCGAGGGGGCCGGGAAGGCGCCGUGA